AGGAAGUGUUUGUCAUGAACAUUAAACUCCAUGUCGGGUCUGAACCGGUUGUCGUUCCCGCUCCAGUGUCGGAACCGUCUGUGGUGUUGGUUCUGCCGGACUUAUCUCAGGGUUCCUGACGAAGGACAGCCUUUGAGGGACGGUUGUGCAAAAAAGGAACUUCUGUUCAUAGGUGGAGUUUGCGGAGGAGGGCACUGUCUCCCCAUUGGCUGAAAUAUGUCACGACAUCGGGUCGAUUAUAUGCGUUCGCUCGUUCGUUCAUUAACAGGACAGCUAACAGUGAUUAGCUAACUACCAAAAAUGGAUAUUCGGCGAUUUUUUAAAACUUCUUCAACUACAGCAGUUAAACAAGAACCGCCUGGGCCUUGAUGUGACCCGGACCAGGAAACACCCGGGACCAGCUCUGGAAUAACUAGCCCAGCUAACUCCACAUCACACUUGGCACCGGGGCCGCCAUCGGGCUAAUUAUCCAGCUUGCCCACAGCAGAGCGACCACCGAAUGAUCUUGGUUAAAAUCUCUGCUGUCCCAGUGACCCUGCUCUUCCGGAAUUUCAUACAAAAAUAUUUGGAAAGACGAAACGAUCACUUACAUCGGCAUCAGGGAAAUGCCGGCAUUGUUGGGCCUGGAGACCGUGGUUACGGACCAGUCCUGGACCCAGUCCGGCAGGUUGGGACAACAACAAGAUGAAGACGAUGGAGCGGAGCUCAUGCACCGAAGAUCGGAUCCAGCACGUUCUGGAGCGCUGUCUCUCUGACCUGGGCCUCGACGGUCCGGACAAACAGCUGUGGAACGCUGGACUCUGCAUAAACCGCUGGUGUUUGGAGGAACUGGUGAAGAGAAAUUCUCACAACUUCUUGAUCCUGCUGCAGAAAAUACUGAGGAAAACGAAACAGGUGCAGGACCAGUGUCAGUACCACCUGGUGGUCCCCCUCUGUCUGCUCUUCUCCUCAACGCUCCUCACAGCUCCGUACCUGUCUCCAGACUGUCAGGUGGUCUGGGAGGCCUACCUGCUCUUCCAUGGUUUCCUCUCCUGGCCUGAACCCUGCGGCUCUGCCAGUAGACGCCUCCUACAGGUCAUCCAGCAGGAGCUCAGAGCACCAGGUAUUUCCUUUCAAAGGCUGGUGAGGACAGAACAAGGUGUCUCCUCUGAAGUCCACUCCUCCAGGACCAUCAUGGUCCUGUUAGUGAGUCCAGAUGAAGACGUCCCUCCUGAGGUCCGGUCUGUGUCCAGGCAGCUGAGCAGCAGCAGCCCGUCCUCCAGCACAGACGUCAUGGUCACUCUCCUUCACCACAGCUUCCAGGCUGUUCUGGGCUCAGACCAGGAUCUGCAGGGACUUCUGUCCUCCCUGCAGAGUAAGGAGCCGGAGGAGCUGCAGCUCCUGCUGGAUGCUGUGACUGAAAACAUGGAGAUAGCGGCCUCUACUGGAGACUUCACCACAGCCGUGCAGGGUCUGCAGAAUAACAUGAAGAGGCUCAGAGAAGGACUGAGAUCUUCUGGUCCGGCCCACGGCUGCACAGACUCUGAGACUGUGAAGACCCUGAUGCUGCCCCCCCCCAGAUGUCACACCCGUCUCUGGGACGAUGACACCUUUGACGUAUUAAAUGACAUCAUCUUCAGUGACUCAGAGCUGGACUCGCCUGCAGACUGUUUCACUGAAACAGAACUCCACCGCCAUGACAUCAUCGACGCCAGCGUGGACCAAGAACAGCUGUUUGAGGGCCACAAAAUGGAACAGGACUUUCAAAGCCAUCGCGUCUCCUCCUCCACCUCCAGGGCCUCCACGUUCUCCAAUGUGUGCCUCUCCUCCAGCUGGUCCGCACCAUCGGCCUCAUCUGGAGUGGACAGUGACUUCAGUGGGGACCCAGAGGACGGGCAGGAAGUCCAACCCAAACCUAGAAAGAAACCUAAGAAGAAGUCCAGAUCCCUGUUGGGCGUGGAGCGCUUCUCCGUGCUCUUCAGGAAUCCUCACAGCCCUAACAUCUGCCGGCGGGCACAAAGCAUGGGCUGUAGUGAUGUCACUAAGGACCUUCAAAGAACUGGUUCUGCCAGGUCCAGGUCCAGGUCCAGACCUGCUCCUCCAGCCACAGGUCCACUGAAGCACGUGUGCGUCCGCAGGAGGCCCAUCCUCAGCUGUGAUGAGAGCGACGUCACGGUCCUGCCCGUCCAGGUGAAGGUGGUGGUGUUUGGAGGUGACAAGGAGGCCGGCAGGCUGGCCAGAGCAUACUGCCACCUGCAGGAGAGAGCGAGCAAAUGUUCCAGACUCACCAAGAUGUGCAAACUGCACUUUUACUUUGUACCCACCAGAAGGAGGAGCACAGGAACUGAGGUCCAGACAGGAAGUCCAAGCAGAGCGUCUUCUGUGGAGAAUAAUGACCUUGUGGUCAAGGAAGGUACUACAGAUAUAGGCCAGAUGUUGGGCAUGAUGGACCCCUGGUACGACAGGAACGUCCUUAGUCUUCUCAGCCUGUCCUCUGAUGUCCUCUCUCAGGCUGACUGUAAAGAAGGCACUGACUCAGAGGAUGGCCGCAGCAGAGAACAGCUCCCCCUGCUGGCCGACUUGGUGCUCUAUUACUGUAGGCAUGCGGACCAGCCUGUUCUGGUGCAGCUUUAUCAAGUUGAGCUGACUCUGGCUGGAGGAGAGAAGAAGAAGGAGGUGUUCCUUCAGUCCCUGGAGCUGGGUCACUCUGCAGGAACCAGGGCUGUGAAGGCUCUGGGUGCUGCCAGCAAAAGACUGGGGAUUGAAGAGGAGCGUCGGGCUGUUCCUCUGACCCUCACUGUGACCUUCAACAAGGUGGCCGUCAGUGGGAGGAGUCAGUGGAUCCAGACGGAGACGGCGUGUACGUCCAUCGACCUUCAGAGAGGCCGCAGGAAGCAUCUGUGGCACGAUUCAAGAGCUGAGAGUCUGCAGCUGACCAUCAAGGAGGUUCUGAAGAGGAACGGUUCUAAAGCCAAGAAGGGUUUGAACCAGCUCAUCUCAGUGUCAGAAGUGACGGUGGAUCGGGUGCAGGUGGAGGUGGGUGGAGAAGGAACCACGUUUGCUGUGUGUCUGGACCAGGACGAGAAGAAGUUCAUCCAGAGCGUGAGCAGUAGAACCCAGAACAGGGUUUGGUUCCGUGACCUUGGUCCACUGCUCCAGUGUCUGUGCUUCGACUGCAGGUGUGACGUGUCUCUGUGCUGUAAACCAGGAAGCAGCUCCGACUGGAAAUCCUACCAACACCUGCCGGGACAGGUCCGGCCGCUGCACCCGUCCUACUGCUCCCUGCUCUGCCUCCCCAUCACCUCCUUCUCAGCAUCGAACCCCUGACCUUCUCCAGACUCUGCAUAAAACACAGGAUUGUUCUCCUUCAAUGACGUUUGUCCUCAUGAACGUGUGUGUGUGUGUGUGUGUUCAGCGUGUCAUCUGACCUAACAGUCUGGACUGAAUCAGAUCGUUCCAGAACUAAAGUAUUUAUUUUGAAGUUUUCUGUUUCCGUCACAUCAAUAAAACCAAAUCUUUGA